AUGACUCGCAACGCGAGAUUUGCCAAGGUGAAAUCCAUGGGGCUCUGCUACAAUUGUUUAAGACCAAAUCAUUUGGUUGACGAAUGUAAAUACGCUACGUGUAGAAAGUGUAAACGUAAGCAUCAUACCCUUCUUCACUCUGAAGGUGAUUCAUUUGAUCGAGGAUCUGGUAGCUCUAAUGCGGCAAACGCCAAUCCAAUCGCAAGUCUCCAAGCGGUCGUCGCUUCGAGAGUUCUUUUGGCCACGGCAUCCGUGCGUAUGCUCAAUGACUGCGGAGAGCCUGUCAAAUGUAGAGUCUUGUUGGAUAACGGGUCUCAGUCUAACUUUGUUACUGAGAAAUUAAGCGGUAUUCUGAAUCUCACUAAGAGAGAAGUUAAUAUUCCGGUGUCGGGUUUUAAUCAAAGCUUAACGCAUAUUAAGCAUUCUAUUGCAACGACCCUUCAGUCAAGGGAUGGACGUUUUGCUGCGAAGUUGUUAUUUUUGGUGGUCCCUCGAAUUACAGAGACACUUUCUGCACAGACGAUUAACCGUUGCGAUUUAAAUCUUCCCCGAAAUAUCACCUUGGCAGAUCCCGAAUUCUGCACUCAUUCAAAGAUUGACGCUCUUAUGGGAGCGGAACUAUUUUACCAAUUGUUAUGCGUGGGUCAGAUCAAAUUAGGCAAUGCGCUGAUAUUACAAAAAACGCGUCUUGGUUGGAUACUGUCGGGAGCUAUACACGAUAGGGGGCCUGCGUCAAAUCGAAUAGCAUGUAAUUUAGUGGUAGACUCGCUGGAUGCCCAGGUCGCUAAAUUCUGGGAAAUUGAGGAGGUCUCGAGCGUUAGGCGUUUGUCCGAUGAUGAGAGGGCGUGCGAACAACACUUUUCUCAGACGCACUCGAGGGAUGAGAGUGGCCGUUAUAUAGUUAGGCUUCCGUUUAACAGUAGAAAAUGCGAACUGGGCGACUCUUAUCAAACAGCAAAGAAAAGGCUGUAUUCACUGGAAAGGAGAUUGGCACGAGAUCCUCAAUUGCGUGAGGAGUAUACGGAUUUCCUUGACGAGUAUGAGAGGCUUGAUCACAUGACUGAGAUCCCUGUCUCCGAUGUGGCCGAAGAAGGAUAUUUUAUUCCACAUCACCCCGUCUUCAAGCGUGACAGCCAUACAACAAAAUUGCGAGUUGUUUUCAACGCUUCAUCAAAGAGCAGUACUGGCGUUUCGCUCAACGAUGUGCUUCUCGCUGGUCCGACCCUGCAGGAGGACAUGUUCUCCAUCGUUACGAGAUUUCGAACCCACCGAUAUGUACUGAGUGCCGACAUUGAGAAAAUGUAUAGGCAGGUUAAGGUACACCCCGAGGACGGCAAAUAUCAAAUGAUUUUAUGGCGUAGAAAUACAGAGGAUCCGAUCAAAAUAUACAUUUUGAACACGGCAACUUAUGGUACUGUGCCGGCUUCAUUUCUCGUCGUUCGAUCGUUGCUGCAGUUGUCUGAGGACGAGCGAAGGCGUUUUCCCCUGGCUUGCAGGGUUUUUCUUGAAGACUUCUACAUGGACGAUGCUCUCACCGGUGCAUCGAAACUGGACCAGGCUCGAGAGUAG